GCAGAGUCCCCCCUCCCCCGCUCGCAGGCAGUUACUCGGCGACAUGUGGCGCUGAGACUCGGGCCGCGCCGUUUGCUGAAGUCGGGUCUCGGCGGAGUCGGGAUCUCGGGGUUGUUGUCGGCACAGAGUUGGGCUGAAGGCGCCGCGGGUUCGCGGUGAUGAGGUUCGGGCUGCGGUAGCGAGGCUCGGAGCCGCGGCCCCGGAGACGCAGUUUUGUUUUAUCAAUUGAAUGUAAAAAUGGGAGCCAGAGAGGUGACAAAGUCUGCAAAUAAAGAUGACGAUUUUGAAGGUGGGGAAGAUACACGAGAAAGAGAGAGUGCUGAUAAUGAAGCAGUGGUCCCAACAGCUGAUAACAGUGACCUCUGUCCUAUCUGUUUAUGCUGCUUGGUAGAACAAGAAUUGGCUGUUCCGGAGAGCUGCUCUCACAUAUUCUGCUUGAGAUGUAUUCUAAAAUGGGCUGAGAAACUCAGUUCUUGCCCUAUAGAUCGUAAACCUUUCACUGCGGUAUACAAGCAAGAUAAUGCAUUGAAUAAUACCAAGAUCUCAGUAAAGCAGAGAUUCAGUCAAAAUUCAGAAGAUUGGAAGGAUGACAAUGCAGAAGGCCAUUAUUCUAGACCUGUGAGAAGAGAAGCUUCCUCGAAUAACAGUUUCUGCAUCUGCUUAAAGGGAAAAUGCAAACGGUUCUGUGCCGGUCGUCGAGAAGCUAUGCGUUCAGAAUUUUGUGGUCUACUAAGUCCGACACUCAAGACCUGUGACAAAAAGAGCAGGCCUUCCAAUAAAAGUAAAAAUAAGGUGAGCAGAAAAUCCUGUUCCCAGCCAUGUACGAGAACAGAUCACAGCAGUUUCACUCCUGCAUGUGGGAAACCAGAGAUGUCUUCUCCGAUUGAACAUUGCACAGAGUUCAUUGAUGGGUAUGGAACUACACCACUGAUCAGACAGAAGAGAAGAGGACCUGAGUCACUGAGGUUGCCAUGGCAGGCUGUUUCUAUUGCGCUUACAGCAGGAACAUGGAGAUCUGGAUUUGAUUUGAUUUCUGUUGAAUAUGAUGAACAAACAAAUGUUCUUCCUUUGAUGGAUCCGAUAUCUGGACCAAUGUUUCCAUUGAACCCACUUGCACUGGGACAUUCUGAUUUCUCUGGCAAGCAGUGUGCAGUUGGAGGUGCCAGGGAAGGUGGGGAGAAAAAACGUACGUCUGGAUCAUCAGGUAGUGGCAAUUCAGGAAAAUCUGAAACCACACAAGGCCGAAGAAGGUCAGCGCGUAUCAGCAAAACCGAAAAGUUAGACAAUUCUGCCAACUCGCCUCAAACAUCUCAGUCAAGUUCAAGUACCUCUGUGGAUAAAACAUCUCCAGAGAAUGCAAGAACUCCUCCAGCUAAAGCGUCAGCAAGGCAAAAGGCAAAGAGGAAAUUGGAGAAUGAGCAAAGAAAAAGACCGUCGGCGAAAAAGAAAACUAGGCUUACUCGUAGCUCCUAUAAGAAAUCCAGUUCUAGUAGUUCAGAGCCACCUGACAGUCCUUCAGUCAGUGAAAAUGAAUCUCAACCACAGUCUUCUGUUUCAGAUAAGGAGCAAUUGACCAACCUGGAUAAUAGUGAUGUGAGUCAUUCAUCAGCUAAUCAUUGUAGUGAACAAAUUAAUGUGACAGAGAAAGAUGAUGGUAGGGAAGAAAAUGUUGAACAGCAGAAUGAUGAAAUGUCAAACAGAACCUCUUGUCCCCUCAGUGAAGAAGACAUAGUACCAAGUAUUGACAAGGUCAAUAAUGAUGAUGUCUCAGGAAACUCCAAUCUGGAGACUAAUCUUCCAAUAACUACCAACAAUAGCAAAAGCUCUGUGGAGCCAAACUCAGGAAACUCAGCUGAACAGAAUGAUGAGAAUGAAGAAGAUAUUGGAACAGAACCAGAUAAUUUGAAAGAGUUAAAUUCUCCUAGUGGAGAUGUAGCUUGUUCUGAUGUGAUUAAUCAUGAUAAAAUCACUGACGAUAUUCAGGUAGAACAUUCUGAAAUGCCAUCAGAUGAAGUUAGUGCUAAGGUGGAAAUUAAAAUCCCCAUAGAAGAUGAUAAAUCUGAGAGAAAUAAAGUAAUGGAAAUUGUGGAAACUAAGAAUUAUUCGGAAGAGUCCAAGCAAGCAGUUGAUUGCGAAGAUGAUAUUUAUAAGCAGUCACCGGUCGCAAGUCCAAGAAAAUGCAUGGAAUAUGAUCACCUCAAGAGUGAAAUGUCUGUAGAGAGGACAGAUCCUGAUCAACUUAAGGAGGAAGAAUCUGUGGUUAUUGAGGAUAGUCUGGAUGAACCAGAGCUAGUAUCUGAUUGUAAGGACGAUAAUGGCAGACAGUCACCCAGUGAAACUCUUGAAACACUCGUAGAGGAUAACCUCUUGAAGAGUCAGCUUCCUUCAGAGAAUCUUAAAUCUAAAACUGACUCUGUGGAAGCUCUAAGUACACCUGAGCAAGCAUCUAAUUGUCAAAGUGAUAUUGCUCAGCAGUCAUCUGAUGAAAGUCCUGGAAAAUGUGUAGAGGAUAAAAGCCUUCAAAGUGAAAUAACCUCAGUUGCGUCUGACCAAAUGCAAAUAUUUUCAGAGGUAAAUGAAGGCAUUAUAAGUAAAAGGGAGACAUCUGACUUACCUACAGAUAGAAUCCCAAGCAGUGGAGAUGAGGUCUUUAAUGUGGACAACAAUGAAGUGGUGGCUAUGGAAUGCGAUUCACCUGUUAAUGAUGAGAUGGCUGAAAUCAACAUUGAAAAGCAAAAUAGUUCAAAAAAUAAUGAAGAACUAAAACCUGCUUCGUGUUUCAGUUCCAAUCAUGAGGAACUGCAGGCUAAUUCUGCUGCUGAAAAUAUUGACAAAAAACAGGAUGAGGGGCUUCUUGCGAGUGAAGCUGGACCAGCAAGUGAGCUUGCGAGUGAGCCUUGCCCAGCGAGUGAGCCUUGCCCAGCGAGUGAGCUUUGCCCAGUGACUGAGGCUGGCCCUGCGACUGAAGCUGGCCCUGUGAGUGAGCCUGGCCUUAAGGAGAAAGAGAAAAAUACGCCACGUCGCAAAUCUCGAUUCCAUUCAUCAUCUACAACUUGGUCUCCACAAAUGCAAAAGAAACCCGAACAAGAACGUAGGAGAUCUAGGACCAGGUCGCCAUCCCGGGAAAGAAGUGAUCACCACAGUUCUUCAGACAGAUUUGAACGUGAAAGAAAUCGUUCAAAAGGAGAAGAAAGUGACCGAAGCAACCAUGAUUCACCAUCCUCUAGAAGACUAUCUAGAUCUCCUAACCGAGAUAAGGAAGGACAGGCAAGUGAAACUGAGAAAAAGGAAGGAGACCGAGAGAAAAAAAGUAGAUGGCGCUCCAGGUCUAGAACUAGAUCCAGAACUAAAUCCAGGUCCCGGUCUAGAUCUAGAUCCAGAAAAAGAGAUCAUUUUGGAGACAAGGAGGACAAGACUAGCUUUUCUCCAGGGAGACGAGAUCGAAAGAUGGAUGAUAGCUGGAGAAAUACCAGGGGAAAGGAUAGAUACAGAAUGAGUGAUAGAGAAAGGCCAAGAGGAGGCUAUGAUAGAUUUGGUCGAGGAAGUAGGGAUAGAGAAUUCCAGCAAUCAACCAGACAUCUAGAUGAUCAAUUGGAGACGAAUGAAUACUCAGAUGACAGGAAUCCAGAUUGGAUGACAGAACAAUUGCAUGUUAUGCCUGAUGCUGGUAUGAGAGAGAAUGAAUACAGAAACGACUCCAAAAGGGAAGAAAGUCGGUAUGAAAGGGAUGAUCCCUGGACUAAUAGGAACUUUGACCUUGGUUGGAAGCGUGGCCGUGGCCGUUUUCGGGGCGGUUCAUUUCAAGAAGACCAAAAUGAAAAUCCAUGGCAAAAUAGAAGAUCAAAUUUCUCAGGUGAGCCAAAUAAUUCAGGGGCAUACCCAGGUCCUGGACCUCGCAGAUAUAAUGACCGUCAACAGAACAGGUGGCGAGAUGAUCCAAACCCCACUACUGAUGUUCCCCAAGACCGUUCAGGGUGGUCGUCCUUCUCCAGUUGGAAUGCAAGAAAAUCUCUACCAGCUGAUGUACAAAAUUACUAUGCCAAAAGGGGAAGACAGUCUUCAGGUCCACAGUCAAACUGGCGAGGACAAGAAGAAGAACAGUUCCCGACCUCAGCAGAGCAAGUAGAUCCAUCGCUUGGUGUACCAGUCUUCAGCGACCAAUCAAAUCAACAGAUGAACGGUUCUCAGCAAGCAGUUAAUAUAAUGCACCAACCUAUGAAUGUUGUACCACAGCCAAUGAAUGCACCUCCCCAGCCAAUGAAUGUCUUUCCAUAUCCAAUGAAUGUCCACCCUCCUUUAAUGCAUUUCCAUCAUCCGUACAACAUACACCCUCCUCCAUUGAAUGUACAUUCAGGAAUUCCUGCAGUACACCCAACUGGUGCUGGAAAUCUGCCUAACAGUCCACCUCCACCACCACCUCCGCCUCCACCUUGUCAGUCAGUAAACUAUGCGAUUCAGCAGCAUGAUAUGGCCCAACCUCAGAUCAUACCUCACCAAACUACAGUUACUGAGGUGGAUUUGAAGAGUAGUUCUGUUCCUGCUCCUGCGCCCACCCCAACUGUUGGGUCAAGCAAGGCAGCACAGUGUCCAGUUCCAGUGGAUAUCGUCUCUUCAGCCUUCCAGUCAGUACAACAGGUCUUUGCAUCUCUUUCAACUUCAAAACCUGUACCAGAAAAAGAAAUCAUUAAGGAAGAAUUUGAAGCAGACAAACCCAAGAAAGAAAAGAAAUUUCAUAUUCAAGAAAGAGCUGUAGAGGAAGUGAAAUUAGCCAUCAAGCCUUACUACCAAAAGAAGGACAUUACCAAGGAUGAAUAUAAAGAAAUUGUUCGCAAAGCAGUGGAUAAGGUCUGCCAUAGUAAAAGUGGUGAAGUCAUCCCCGGGAAAGUAGCCAACCUGGUAAAAGCAUAUGUAGAGAAAUACAAACAUGCAAGGAAAGGGAACCCAAAGCAAAACCCUGAAGACUUCAGCAGCUCUGGGAACAAAUCAUUUUAAACAAAGAAAAACCUGUUUUGUCACCAGUGUAGGCGGUGUAGGAACUUUGACCAUCUGUGUAUCUUUUCCUACAAGGGUUUCGUGGUUUUCUAAACUUGAGGCAUUUGCGACACUACAAGAACAUGAAGUGAAAGCAUGCUGAUAAUUAGUGAUUUUUGAGCUGUAAGGAUUCUCUCAAAGUAUAACCCGUGCAGCAGGUGCUGCAGGAGUGCAUCCUGUGGGCUGUUACUAGAACAGCUGUAUAAAUGUGAUAUUUGUUAGAUUUCCUAAUGUAUCAAAUUAUCUCUUACUGAUUUUUUUUUGUUAAUUCUAGUUAAGUGUUUUUGUAAACCGUUUGUAUGCUGUACAAAUGCUUCCAGGUUUAACUGGAAGGAUCUGGAUCAUGUAGUUGCACUAAAAACUGGAGUCUGAAGCUGAUCAGCAGUUUUAGUGCGUAUAGGGUCUAAACAAAGACAAUUUGCUUCAUACUGCUAGGACUGUUGCUAAGUGGAAAAUGUUUGAUAAAAAAUUUAAUUCUAUAGUUUCAUUUUUGAGAAAAGCAGAAAAGAAUGAUAAAACUGUGAUGGGAGUAUUCUGUAAUACUUAUCCUACACACCAAAAUAAAUUUUCUGCUGCUUGUCAAA